CUCGGUAAGGCCCCGCGUCACUCUUCUUAGUAGAGAAGAUUGUUUAAGUGAAGUUUAGUCUCAGUUAUGAAAUUUGGCUUGUUGGUUCGGCCUGUUGCGUAGGCGCUGCCGUGCUUCGGAGCACGCGCGGCUCCCCCCACAGUGCCCGAGAAUGGGCGCGUCCAAGCCGGGCGGCGCCUGCGCCUCAGGUGCGGCGGGGGCGGGCCGGCCGGGGAGCGCGCCCGGGCGUCCGCCGCCUGUGGUGUCGCCUGUUCUGUCCUCCCGGGCCGCCGGCUGUCGGCGAGGACGUCUCCGCUGUGGACCACUUCAGCGUUCCCAGUGUGGCCGCGAGUCGGGUUGCACUGCUGUGAUUCGUCACCUUCUCCUAAAGAUGCAUCCUGACUUAUCUCCACACUUGCACACUGAAGAAUGCAACAUCUUGAUUAACUUGCUUAAGGAAUGUCACAAAAAUCACAACAUUCUGAAAUUUUUUGGUCAUUGCAAUGAACUUGAUCGGAAGAUGAGAAAAUGCUUGAAGAAAGAGUACAUUGGAAAGAGGGCCAAGAGCAGGGAACAUGGCGAUGCGAUGCGGAAGAGACUUUUUGAUUCUCCAGAUGGAUCUGAAAAAUAAGUUCUGUUUCCACUGAAAGCCUUGGCUGAGAGAAGACUGUUGGUGGAAAGCUGAAAGAAUCCUGUCUUACUUGGUCUAUAGAGUCCUUGAAUGGAAAAUGACCCAUGAGAAACUGAACUACGGAGAAAUAUGAAAACGCUGGAUUCCAAGUAUUCGUUGGGCAGAGUCUUUAGUACCAUCUCUCUUGUGCCAACAAACCUGACUUCUACCCUGUUCCUUCCCUUUGUUACCACCAGUUAACAUUUGAGUAGCUUAUCUCCCGGAAUAAAGUUAUUUAAGUAGU